CCAGGGCAGCACGACGCCUCCCGCAAUACCACCGAUUACUACCGCCUAUCACCCUCUUUUCUCACUUCUCCUUCCCUCCCUGACGCAUCUGUAAGUUCGUGAAAAGAUCUAUCUAUUUAGAUCGGCAACGACGCAUACUGUAUUGUAUUUGUAUCUCCUUGUCUCUUCCGCUAGCAACUUUGAUUUUUUUCUCUGUAUAUUGAUAGUUUUUCGAUUAAGCUUUCGGUUUCAGAUUCGCGUAUUGUUAUCGCUCCCUUUUGUCUUCUUUUCCUCUUACGUGCGGCCUGGUGUUUUUUUUUCUUCCUGUUUUUUUCUUUGCUUUUUCAGAAUUGUGAGUGUGUUUGCUUUCGUGUUUCUGCUUUUAGAUGCGAUUGAGUGCGCAUAUUCUUUUCUAAUUGGACGCGAAUUCAACGAUAUGUUGUAUGAUUGGGCGAAUUGUGUGAUUUGUGUCUUUUCUUGUUAGUUGUUUGUUUGGGUCGGUGUUCUUUAUUCUGUCUGCGAACAACUAUUCAAUUAGUUCAGAAUUUUGACUUCUGAUCUGCAUUCUCAUCUAGCCUCUCCUUAAGUUCCUUUUGCCUUCAUAUUCCAGCUCAUCCUUAGUAUCAUAACAGAGAAGCUUAAGCCUCCAAAGCCAAAGGUGCAGCUCGUGGUUUUGUGCUUGCUUCUCCUCUGCAUCUAAUAGCACAACUUUUUAGAUGCGAAGGAGAAGCAAACACAGAACCACGACCUUAAACAAGACAAACUUCUUGCAGGGCUAGAGAGGCUAUCUUGCAGGGCUAAACUUUUUCUGCGACGCUGAACAAAGAUGAUUCAGCCAUUCUAUUUUCCAAGAGAAAUUUAAGGAACACAGAAACUGAUCUGAGAACGAGGGUUCUGGUUUUACAAAAUUUUCAAUUUUAAACUAGCAAAUAAAAUAUAACCAGUUGCUACUCAACCACCACUUGCUGAAUCUCCAUUUUGUGGUAUUGCUUGGACAAGUUAUAAAGGCUGUCUGUCAAGUCCUUCCCAGAGAUCUGGUUCUGUACAUCGUCUUUUGGGGUUGUCUGCCAUUGUUCUGGGGUUUUUUGUUCAACCUCCUGGCUUCUAUAUGGUACAUAACUUUGUGUUUUGUGGCAUUUCAACAAUAAUUUACCUUCUGAGAUGUCUGACUGAUUUUUUAGGCGAGGUGGCAUUUCCUUGUUUUUGGAUGGUUUUUUUUAACCUAGUACUGAUGGUUGUACUGAAAUUAUGGUUCUGUUCUCAUUACCAUAUUGUGUUAGUAUGGCUCCAAUUAAUUUUUUUCCUCCAUUGGUGUGCUAUUUACAAUUCAACUGGAUAUUUGAGUGCUAACGGUAUAGCAUUUUCAAUAAUGAGUUGUUACUAAUAAUAUGUAUGUUUCUGUAGGGGAUUGUGGUGUUAGUGACUAUUAGCGCCUAAUUCUUGAUUGUGUGGAGGAUUACUUAUGAGUGUGACACCUAGCAGUUAUUCUAGUUACAGAGCUGUUCUGUGAGUUUCUCUCGGCACUGAUCGCUUUGUUUGUGAUUGAUUGUUACCAAUCCAUGAUGUCAGAUACCAAUCCUACCUUGCCAGCCAUGUCUUUAUCUUCUGAUCCAUUUAGUUUGCAACUCACUACUACUAAGUUUGAUGGCAGCAAUUAUCUGUUGUGGGCCUGGUUAAUGGAAAUGGCUAUAUCAGCCAAAGGGAAGUUCAAAUAUAUUUCUUGUGAUCCGCCUCCAUGCGACAGCGAGGAAUUUAAGGAAUGGAAAUCAGAUAAUAGUCUUGUGAUGACUUGGCUGUGGAAUAGUAUGGAAAUGUCAGUGAGUUCUAAUAUCACGUUCCUUAACACUGCAAAAGGAAUUUGGGAUGCUUUACGUGAAAAGUAUUUUCUUAAGAGAAGAUUUUCCUUGUUGUAUGAUCUUUAUGAUAGACUCUUUAGUCUCAAACAAGGUGAAAGAUCUGUUGCGGAAUACAGUGACAUUUUCAUGUCUUUGGUCAGGGAAUUAGAAAUAUACCAUCCUAAAACAGAUGAUGUGGAGGUGUUAAAGCAACAACGGGAAGAGUUUUUCGUGUGCAAAUUUCUACAUGGAUUGAAUCCUAAUUUUCACAAUAUACGGAAUCAGAUCUUGGCAGCGGGUGAUGCAACUGGGAGCAUUCCAUCUCUUGAUGAUGUGUUUGCUCAAGUUCUUCGUGCCGAAUAUUUGCUGCAAGUACCAACUUCAGUUGUUUCAGAAGAAGGUACCACAUAUGCUAGGGUUCGUGGUGGUAAUAGAAAGCAAGGUCGUUAUAGUGCUAAUCGCAGGUAUUCUUGAGGCUCAUUCAGGACUUACUGACGUUUCUAACAAGAAGUGAAGUCUUUGAAAGUUAUGCUGCCAUCUCUAAACUCAAAAGUUGGAACCUAGUCCAUCAUGGGAAGAUCAUAGAGUUGCUUUUGCACACUUGGAAUAUAAACUUGGUGAAGUUUCUUUUGUACUGAGUGCAUACUUCUUUUGUCGAGAAUCCGUAUUCUGUUUCUCUCGUAGAUGGUACUCUAGGAUGAUGUUUUGUUCUUAUGUAGAGCCCGAUGACAUCUCUUCCAUCAGCAUUUUGCUAUAUUCUCUAUUUGAAAUUGCAGAUAACUGUUCUUAUUUUUUUUUUCCUUCUGUGCUGCGAUAAUGGGAAAUGUUUUCGUUCAUAUGUCAAUACAUUUGAUCAUCCUGUAUAAAAUUUUUUUAUGCCCCUUCA